AUUUGCAGACCUCGUAAAUAAAUUUGAAAAACAUGACCUUCGCUUUAAAUGAAAAUAAAACUUUAAGCAGAACUUUGUAUAAUUAAUUGUUAAAUAAUAUAAAUUUAAUGAAAUGAUAGCUUAUGCGAGAAGAAUGGCUAUUUUAAGCGCAAAAAUAUUUGGGCAUUUGCCAAGACCAGUUUCAGAAAGAUCACAAAAGGUCAUUGAUUAUUUUAAAUCGCAACCUUUAGGCGUAAUGUAUGGAGAUUAUUAUCCUCCAAUGAAAAGAUACAAUUCACUACUGCGAAAACUCCGUUUUCUUGGAAUUUAUCAUGAUGAACACAUGGAUUUUAAUGAAGAAAUGGCUCAUAAAAGAAAGGUGAGAGGAAAAGGGCCACCAAAAAAAGGUGAAGGUAAAAGAUCAAAAAAAAAGAAGUAAACAAGAACGCCAGCUAACGAAGUUAACGAUCGUUUUGGUGUCGGCUAUUGUUACGAAUUUUUGAAGAGCGUGAAACGAGACGUGACGAAAAGUUCGUGAAACAAGACGUGACAUACGAAAAGUAGAACACUACAGCUAGUUUUACUUUUUUAUAUAAAAAUUUAUUUAAAAAAUUAUGUUUGUAUUGAUUGCAAUCGAAAGUGAAUAAAUAUAAAAUCGGAUUUAUUA